AUGGCGCUGUUCCUCCUUCGAUCAACAUCCGCAAAUUCUGUAUUCUGCCGCACUGGCCCAUCGUUUCUUCCACUUUUACGAUCUCUCAAAGUGAGGAAUGUCUCAUCAACGUCAGCAGACUUGAGUGAAGUACAAUCUACUGAACAUGAAGAAAAGAGAGAUCUGAGAACAGUUGACACAAGUAUCCGGAGACUACAUGUUGGAAAUCUUCUGAAGGGUAAAGAUUACACUACUGAGGAUACAGUUUUUAAAUAUUUCUCGCAGUAUGGUGAGAUUGAGAAACUGGAAUACUUUCGCCAUAAGCUUACUAAUUUCCCUCGAGGGUUCGCCUUUGUGACGUUCCGCGAUGCCAAAAGUGCUCAGAAAGUUCUUGCAAGAGCAGAUUCCCACAUUAUCGAUGGUCAUAACGUCACGGUAGACAUUCCAUUGAAAAUGGCGAAGCCAGCUGAACGUCAAAAGAAAGAAUUGACCGUGCUUGUGAACAAGAUAUCAAAGAACGUUUGCAGAAAGGAGAUUGAAGAUCACUUUUCUCAAUUUGGAGAAGUCAAUAAAGUGUUCUUAGCUCACAAGGAUCCAAAAGAUGAAAAUGUUUGCAGCUACUACGUGAUGUUUAGGUCAUUAUCUGCAGUGAAGAAAGCACUUGAACAACCAACCCAAAAGAUCGCUAACCAAGACAUUGAUGCCCAAGUUAUGGAGUUCCCACGUAAACCCAAGGAAUUCUCAGGAAAAACCAAAUGUAUCUCCAUAACGUCAGUUCCUGAUGAUUUAAAUGUGGAAAACUUAAGAGAUUACUUUGAAAAGUUUGGUGAUGUUGAGUGUGUUGACUUCAUUGUACAUGGUGGCAAUGCGUCUUACAGUUUUGACAAAGAUGCCAAUGUGGCUUUUGUUCGUUUUCCACAUGAAGCCAUAGUUGAUGGCAUUUUAGAAAACAAGUUUCAUAUCAUUAAUGGAUCGGAGGUCAAAGUAUCAAGAUAUCAUGAUCCAAGCAAUCUUGCAUCAGCAAGGCUCCGAGAGCUGAAACUGUCUGUUGAGGGUCUGCCAUUAGCAACACGGCCUAUGGCUGUGCAAGAGUACUUUGAAAAAACUUUUGGAGUUGUUCCAAAUGGAGUAUUCUUGAACCAGCAUCGAGUGUUAGUUGAUAGAAAGUUGAUUUGUAUUGUCAGAUUUUCUGAUAAAAGGGAGGUGGAAAGAGUUUUGAAAGAACAAAGGGGAACCUUUCAUGGACAGCCUUUGUAUUUCCGAAGGCUUGUAUGGAAGAAAGAGUCAGAUGAGAUGACUGCACAACAAUAAAAAAAUUGCUAGUAUUAAAAACCAGUUCUAAAAUCUGUUGUUUGAGCCCUAUUAUUAUUAUUAUUAUUAUUAUUAUUAUUAUUAUUUAUUACUAUUUAUUUAUUUUGGUAAAAUUACAGGUGCUGAAAGGGGAGAGGAUUACCAACUUUAAGAUUAAGUGUUUUUGCAUUCCACCUACCGAUUUUUUCUACCUAAUCCAACAAUGUCAAUUGUCUCGUUAUUUAAAGGAAAUUGUUAUGUCGAGACGAUUAUUUUCUGUACAUUUAUAUCAUAAAUGAGUGAAACACAACAGUUUUACCCAAAUUGACAAAGUUAGAGUCGCCUAGCAAACCUGACAUAUGCAGCAGAACCUCAAAAUAACGGACCUCUAUAUAACGAAGUCCUCGGUAUAACGAACGAUGUUUUUUACCCCAGUAGAAGUAAAACAUGUGAAAAAGAGCCUCGAUUUAAUGAAACCUCGUUUUGCCAGUCCCUAGGUCCUUCGUUACAUCGAGGUUCCAUUGUAAUAAGUUUCGUGUAUGUAAAUUAAUAAAAGCUUCUUCAAUCUUGUCUAAUCGAAUAGCGGUCACAUAAACAGACUGAAAAACAAAUUACGACAAAUAUAGCUGUCCAGCUACCUUCAUGAAUUUUGCAUAGAACUAUGAGAAAGGAAGAUUUAAAUAACAAUGAAGAAAGCAUCAAAGUGUCAGGCGAAGGAAAGAAACGUAACGCUCUGAAAAGUAAUAAUAUAAUCAUAACGUUUCACUUCGUGGCGUCUAAAGUAGUAACUUAAAUAUUUCAUAUAACCAGUCAUUGACGAAAACACAGUACAUCUCAUCAAUGGAACAAACCAAUAAUUAGCUUGUCAGCAGCCGAUGAAAGUAAGAUUUGAUAUCAUUCCUGUACUUUUAUUUUUUGUGACCACUAAUUCCUCCCGUAGAAGAAACUCGAAUUAAAAAAAGCAACAAAAAGAGAGCGAGAGAAAAUAUUGUCUAUAAAAUAAGAUGCCAAGCCCUUCUGGUUAGGGAUAUAAUAUUUUCAAAGGUUUUGUUGACAAAGGAUUUCGUUUUAGUGAUAGCGAUAGCGAAACCUGUUGCUCUAUGAAUACGUUAGCUCUCGUCAGUCAAUUCUGAACUCAGCUGCACUCCUUAACCCAUUAUUGUUUAUGAAUAGAGCAGAUCCUUCAAUGGUGAAAAUUUAAUGUGUGAAACACAUUUAGCAGAUUUACAGAUAAAAAUUGGUAAUGUUUUUAUCAGCUAAAGACCAACUCGCCUUGAUUUCUUCCAAUAGGAAAAAGCGGUUUAGGCGUCUGACAACGUGUCAAAAAUUAUAAAUAAUUUAUGCUAAUGUAUUUAGCGCCUACAGAGUUCACCUGCUAUUGUCGGAAACGAAGCUUAGAAAAUUUGUUUGUUGCUUGGCUUCGGCGGAGAAGACGAAAGGGGAAUCAGAUAACGAAACCAAAAUGCCAGCAAUUUCUCUUAUAGGCAAGAAAUUUAGCUGUGAUGCCCAAAUCGAGGUCUGUACUAAAUAAUUUCCAGGUAGCAAGUCGAAGCGAGCCUUCGCAAGGCGCCGAAGACGUUAUUCUAAUCUAUGCUUUUUCCGUGAAAUACACUAAAAGAUUCGUAAAUAUUUUGCUACAUACAUUUUAAUUUUGAAAUCGUCUUUACAUGCAACCUGUAGACACUGUAAAAAGGACAAAAAAAAUUCCCUUUGCUGUUGCUUGAAAGAGGAAAAAAAACGAAAUUGGUAGGAUUAGACUGGCGUUAAAGGUUCGCAAGAUAUAAGAUUUACAUCUUACUUUGUACAUUUUCAUGUUAUUCAUUCAAAUGAAAUUGGCGUCAAGUAUUUCUCUCCCGUUGAGAACCUUGUUGUGGCGGCCAAAGAGGAGGGAAUUUUUUUCUUCAGUUCAUUAGCCCAAACGGGACGAAUAUCCUUAUGCAGAGCACUAAAUAGUACCUGCCUUAUUUCAUUUAAUAUAAAAUCUCAAACUGAAUUUAGCGUCAUUUCAAUUCGACUUGUCUUGUAAGUUAAUUGCUAAAUGCUGAAUUGAUAUGAAUAUUCAAUACGCGGUUCACUUUUGUUCAAUACUGAUUUCAUAAGUCGUCCGUUAAAUUUCGUUUUUUUUUUACUAACACAGCCCAGUUUUCUUAGUAGUGUCAUCCGAACGUUCAUACAAAAAAGAUAAACGUAAAUCCAUGAGUUUAUUAUUAUUAUUACUAUUAUUAUUAUUAUUAUUAUUAUUAUUUCUUGCUUUGUACAUUGGCUUAUCUCAUACCGAUUAACUUGCUAAGGAAGCGAGUCAUAACCCAUGACCAAAGGCCCCUUAGAGUUCACCUCCUUUCCCAUGUAACUCCAAAACUUUUCUUAAAAUCCUUGCUGUUUCUAGUAGCGUAGUUUAAAAACAAUGAAAUACUAAUUCUUUUGUCCAACUUUUCCAGCCACUUAUCCAAGUUCUUUGUCACACUUUCCAAUGAUCCUACAACAAUCGGUAUCACCUGCACAGUUCUCAUGUCCCACAUCCUUGCAGUUUCUCUUUUAAGCUCCUAAUACUCUUGAACUCAUUCUCCUUUUCACCAAUUAUAAUUAUUACGGGCGACAGGAGGAGCCCGCAAUCCUAAUCUCUAGGUUGUUAUUACGCAUGCGUCUCAUGUAUUUGUUUGGACUUCCACCAAGAAUGAAUGGAACGCACAUAGCGCAAUUUGAUCACGCGCGUUUGGACCUAUUAUCACGCGUAAUCUGGUCACGCGUGUUUUGACUAUCUCUCACGUGAAACUUACGCAAAGCACAGCGAUGGACCAAAAGCGCUUUGACCUGCGAUCGUUGUCGCCCGCACUUCGCAACCUCGGGUUAUUACCCGUUAUUAUCAUUAUUACUAGUUAUCAUUAUUCAUCAUCAUCAUUAUUAUUAUUAUUAUUAUUAUUAUUAUUGAUUAUUAUUAUUAUUAACUCUCACGUUAACCAGGCUGGAGACGAAAAUGACGGAGAUGGGCUCCAGCUCAACUUACAAAUUCGAGAGAUGUGCAAAAAGUACCAUAAACCUCACGGACCCGCCCUGGCUACGCUAAAUGUAAGCGUGAGGAAUGGUCGUCCCGCUAAACAGUGUAAAGAGCUGUUGGACUUUCUCAAAGACCAAGUUUUGCCGAAGACCCUGAAGCUUAUCAACUUGAAAAAAAUUAAAGACAUGAAGGAUGAAGAGAAAAACGAAUUAGGUGCCAAUUGGUUGAGCUGCAUACGGCCUGGAAAAACAAUGAAAAGGUUUGUUGCCAGGAUCUCCGCUUUUCUGGUGUACCUCAUGUUUUUGCUGGCUUUCUUAGUCAGAGAGGGUACUUGCUAGGGUGUCAUAGUACUUGCAAAUAUUCUAACGGACACGGUCAGGUAUACAAAUGAUGUGAAAUAUUUAACCCCAAUACUGUGUGACCGGGUGAAAAGUCAAUACAUCUCUCUCAUCCCAAGAUUCUUCUUAAAUUUUUUUCCAGGAAAGAAGAAACCAGGAUUAACUUAUCAAGAGGACUACAAACUUCACGAGGUAUAUAAAAUCGACUCACGGCAACUCGAACCCUCUAUAACUCGAACCUCUCGCUAACUCGAGCUCGAAGCAAUUUUCAUUUCCCUUCAGAUCGUUUUCUAUAUAAUUUUACCGUCGAUAACUCGAACUCCCGGUAACACGAAAUUUUUCUAUUUCCCUUGAAGGUUAAAAUUAUCGGGAGUCGUGUGUAUUACCAAAUUAACAACAUGAGUUUGUUAACACCCGGAGGGUACUCCUGGUAAUUCUUGGUGUGGGUGUGCCAAAUCCUGACCCUAUUUCAGACCAAAUAAUGUAAUUUUCCUCACCCGUUUUCAGACCAGACCUCUAAAAUCCAUACCGCGUUUUUCAGGCCUAUCCUUUAGGUAGAAAUUAUGUUGUCAUUACUUAGAUUAGAGCGCAAACAAAAAAAAUUCCUCGAAGCCAUCCUAUUUUGUAGUAGUAAUUGUACCUAAACAGUCUUUGUAUCAGUCAUUAUUUAUGCAUAGUAGGGAGUGUAUUUUGUGUACCUGUAGUAGUAGUUUAUUGGUAUAGAUGAAGUGGUGCUUGUGCAAAAAAAAUAAAGAAAAAAUUAACAAACAAAAAAAAUUCGAGUUCGCAUAUUACUCUUUCUUUCUUACUCCUUUGGAUGGGAAACUAUAAAAAACGUUCAUACACUCCUUUAGUUCCCUCGAAAACCAUACCCGAUUCCAGACCAAAAUAGGCAAAGUGUAUACUCGUUUUAUACCAAAACGGCGCAAAAACCCUACCCAAUGGGGCGGCUCAUACCUAUAUAGCUUAUAUAAGGGUUAACAAUCACUCCAUAGAAAUAUAAUUAAUUCACACCGAUUAAUAGCACACAGUAAUCAGCUCUUGGAAAAUGGCAUAUAAAGAAUGUAGAAAAAAAGUGUGGAACGUAUUUUGUAAUUGCAUUUCGAAUUAACCGUUGAAACGACAAAGAGGUAAUGUUUUUUGUUGGUGUUGUUAUUGUUGUUUUGUUUUGUUUUUUCAACAGGGUACUGUUCUGAUACGGAAAAUAGUACACAAGAAUGUCGAGAACGGUCGAAUCUACUUGGUAUCCAGGCUCAGUCCCAGGUCUCCAAAGCGGGCAUUUUAGCUACACCUGUGCUGUCUCGUCCACAGUUCUUGCGCAAAACAAGUGCUAACGAAAAAGAAAAGAGAAAAGGUCAAGAUAAAAGCAUGCCUAUCAAGUGUUCUCUGACAAGAAAGGGCAAAGAAAAAGACAAGAGGAAGUCUAACACUGACGAGCAAAACCCAGAUUUUGAGAGAAAUUUAAUCAGGCCUCUGCAUACAAAGAAUUGUCAAGAAAGAAGAAAGCAUGACGUAAAUUUGGUAUCGUGCAAAAGGGAAAAAGGCGAAAGCUCUCACAGGGUAGAUCCUAAAUGCGUGCAAAGUAACCAACCUGACUGGUACUCUUCCAGUGACGUUUCGGCCAGUGACUCCUUUGUUGGUUUUUAUGUGUCCAAAAAGUCAACAGAGGAGAACGAUUCUUCAAAGGUUGGAAACAGAGAAUGUGAAACAUCAAACAGUAGAGGCAGGGCCAUAAAUCAUUUUGGAUCAAUCGAAAUGGAGAGGCAAAGUUCAUCAAACUUGUCCGGAUCAGACUCCUUUUCAAUAGAGCCUUUUGGUGCUCAUGGAGCGCGUAGUCUGCAAACGUUUGCUAGUACGAUUGUUGGAAAGAUAUGUGAAGUGGCGUUUUCGAGAUGUGUCAAGGAGACGACCAAAGAUAUUGCAAUAAAAUUUGUCGCCGAAAUAGUUCUUAAGGCUAAAAACAAACUAGCGGAAAAGGAAACGGUAAAUUGUUGCUACGAAGACCUAAAUGGUAACAUGGGUCGAGAAGAAGUGAAAAGCCCCAGUUUUAGUAAGGUCUGGAAAUAUUCACGCUCAUUUCCGACUGAAAUUUUUGAAUCGCCGAAAAUCAAUGAUUCUCCCCUGUUAGACAAGGACUCUGAGAUUUGCUCAAGAAGCCAAGAAGAUGCUGAUGUGGAAUCUAAGAAUGAUUCCCAGUUUGAGGAAUUCCUGGAAAGAACGUUGUUAGACUCGCUAGAAUCAAGUUAUGAAGGCGGAUUAAUGCGGAGCGGCUCUCACUCGUCAGAUGAAUUGAAUGAACUUAAGUCUCAAAACAAGGGUGGGGAUUUUAUACCAGAAAAAGGGCAUGAAUAUCAUUCCAGUGACAAUGAACUUUUUCCCCACCACUCACUUGUAAACACAGAGAAUAAUAUUCAGCGAUGUAACGAUGUCUCAUCCGGAUUUGGAAUCCACAUGACAACAUACGAACAAGCUCUCCAAGGACGGGAUGAAAAUCUUGCUUUGAUCAAUCAGACGCUACAGUUAGGAUCGCGGGCGUCACAUGGCAAUUCCAAAGAAAAGGAAAAUAAGAACAAAACUCAAACGGACGUAAAAAUGUGUCCCGAUAGGACACCAUCUGAAGACUCCAAUGAUUUCAAUCCGAAAGAUUCUGAAGAAGAUCCGAAUGUUCCGUCUAAAAUGUUCGGUUCAGUUGUGUCUUAUGUAGAUCUAACAAACACUGAACGCUUGAUAGCAGAUGAAAAGAGUUCUUUUGGUAAUGAACCCUCCUUUCUUCGAAGGUUUCUUUAUAAAAGGACUGUAUCUGAAUCACAGGCUUCCGAGAGAAAGCAUUGGAGUCCCUUGGAGACCCAGGAAAGAAAUUUGCGUAGCUCACAUUCCUCUACGUUGUCUUGUAACACUAUGACAAAACAAUUUCGAUCGUCAUCUUGCCCAGUGGUAUCAGAGGUUAGUGACUUCAGUAAAUAAUUACCGUGGUUUUAAACUAUUUUUAUGGAGACAUAGUUAGCUUUUGGUCCAGUCCUCGAAAGACUGUAUUUACAGGAACAUUUUUGUUCCCUUUAAAAUUAGAAUUUCUCACAGCGAAUUAUGAGGUUAUAUUGCCAUGUCUUCAACUUCCAGUCUUUUUUUUUUUGGAGCGCAAGGUGUAUGCAGGAGUCUAGAAAUGGCAUGGAUGCAAAUUAUCUUUGCAGUUUCGUGUUGAACCGGUGCGAAAACCGUAUAAACUUGAGCACGGGUUGAGCUAUCCCAUGAUUUCUGUUUAGGAAGUAGACACAUCUUUUCACAUUGCUUUUUAAUUUUUCUUUGGAGUUUAACAGCAGUAUGUUUUAACUUGUAGGAUGAUGUAUUGUUUGAGAACAUGCUAAGUCACCAUCGAGACGUUUACGAUUCCCUAUCAAGAAGGACCUGGGUAAGAGACAUUCCUCGGUAA